CUAUGUGAAAGCGCUUGUCUAUUUGGUUAUAAAAAAAAUAAAGAGUGCGCCAAGUGUUGACGUUCGGCGUGGUGAUAAACGCAAUUAGAAGCAGUGUAGUCAAGGCAGCGCCUCGUGGAGCAGCCAGUUUACGCCGUUAGUGUCAGGUAUAAAGCUACAACAUUUUAUUGUGCCCGUUGCCUCAGCUUAAGUGCAAAUAACCGAUUAGAUUUCCUUAACGGAAAGCAAAAACAAUUUCACAAAAUGAACUCGAUUUUAAUAACGGGCUGUAAUCGCGGACUGGGCCUGGGCCUGGUGAAGGCUUUAAACGCACUGCCGGAGCCGCCGCAGCAUCUAUUCACCACAUGCCGCAACCUGGAGCAGGCCACAGAGCUCAAAAAGUUGGCGAAGGAGCAUUCUAAUAUACAUAUACUUGAGAUUGAUUUGAGAAACUUUGAAGAAUACGACAGGCUCGUUGGCAAAAUCACCGAGGUGACCAAAGACGCCGGUCUCAAUGUGCUCUUCAACAAUGCUGGCAUCGCGCCCAAGUCUGUGCGCUUCGGUGCCACCAGGCAGCAGGAUCUGAUCGAUACGCUGCAAACAAAUACCGUGGUGCCUGUUAUGCUGGCCAAGGCCUGUCUGCCGCUGCUAAAGCAGGCUUCGGAGGUCAACGAGAACGUGUCCCUUAGCGUGAAGCGGGCUGCCAUUAUCAAUAUGAGCUCCAUUCUGGGCUCCAUACAGGCGAACACGGAUGGCGGCCUCUUGCCAUAUCGCACUUCCAAGGCGGCGCUCAAUGCGGCCACCAAGUCGAUGAGCAUCGAUUUGGCACCACAAAAGAUACUCUGCGUCAGCCUGCAUCCCGGCUGGGUGCGCACUGACAUGGGCGGCAACAAUGCGCCCCUGGACGUGGCCACCAGCACCGAGCAGAUUGUGAAGACAAUUUGCCAGCUGAACGAGUCGCACAAUGGCGGCUUCUAUCAGUACAACGGCGAGCAGCUGGCCUGGUAGAGGCGAACACAACAUCAUGAGCU